UUUUGACUCGGUGACAUGUGACUCGUUGAAGUACAUAGUAAAUGGAGUAAAGGUUAUAAUCACAUUAUUUGCUUAAGAAUUUAACCGAAAAAAUAUUAUUAUUAAUAUUUAAAGUUUUAAAUAAUUAUAAUUAAAAUUAAAAUUAAUUAAGAAUCUAUAAUAAUAACUUUAGAAACUAUUAACAAACAAAAAUGGAGAAGGUACAAUUGUCUAAGAGUAUUUUACAAAUGAAGUUUAUGAAAAGAACAAAAGAGAAGGUUGACAAAGAAAAAUUUCAAAUGGAAGGAGAAGAGUAUUUUGAAAACCAAUUGACGACAAAAAUGAAAAAAGAAUCUGGGAAAUAUGUUAUGGAAUCAAGUUACGUGUUCUGUGAACAAUUAGUAGAUGGAAGGCUCAGUUUUCGUGGAAUGAAUCCUGAAAUUGAAAAAUUAAUGGAGCAAGAAAAUAACUUGAAAAAUUUAAAAGAAGAGAUAAAACGAGAAACAGAAGUUUCUGAUGAACAAAUGGCGAAACGUUUCAAGUCGUCACAAGUCAAGACAAUGGGAAAAAAAUUUCAAACUAAAAAAAAUCGUCAUAUAAGAUUUCCAUCUGACGAUGAAGAUGAAGUCAAAAAUAAAAAUGCUUUUUUAAAACCAAAAGAUUAAAUAUUUCUUUUAAAUCUAACUUUACGUCA